CAGCCCUCCACAUUGCUUUCUCUUCCAAGGUCACGAAACACAUACAUCACAGAUGGUUGCUGACAAAUACAUUGGGCUGGCACUGGCGAUAUCGUCGUCGUUUGCCAUUGGAACUUCCUUCAUCAUCACGAAGCUUGGUCUCAAAGAUGCAUCGAGACAAGGCUUUGACGGUGAAGGACACGAGUACCUUAAGAACCCUAUUUGGUGGGCAGGGAUGAUCACCAUGGCAGUUGGGGAGAUUGCCAACUUUGCAGCGUACACGUUUGCUCCUGCUAUCCUUGUGACACCGUUGGGGGCGCUCAGUGUGAUUAUUGGUGCAGUGUUGGCUGCGGUGUUCUUGAAGGAGGAAUUGGGGACGUUGGGCAAGAUGGGAUGUGCCAUUUGUCUGUUGGGCUCUGUUAUCAUAGUGCUACAUGCACCAAGUGAUAAGGAGAUUGAUUCUGUGAAUGAAAUCUUGGACUAUGCAUUGACACCGCUGUUCAUGUCAUACUGUAUCAUUGUCACGGUGUUUGCCCUGGUUAUGAUCUACAGAAUCGCACCUGUGUAUGGUACAAAGAAUCCGAUCUACUACAUCUCCAUCUGUUCUUCAGUUGGUUCCAUUUCCAUUGUCAGUAUCAAGGCAUUUGGUAUUGCACUGAAGUUGACCCUCAACGGUAAUAACCAGUUCAAAAACCUCUCCACAUAUCUCUUCAUCGCUGUUGUGGUUAUCUGUAUCAUGACCCAGAUGAACUACUUUAACAAGGCACUCGAUCAGUUUGAUACUUCGAUUGUUAACCCAUUGUACUAUGUCACUUUCACCACAGCAACUUUGAUUGCCAAUUUCAUCCUCUUCAGAAAUUACAACGAUUCAGGCGCAAAGGAUUCCGUAUCAUUGAUCUGUGGAUUCCUCAUCAUCUUCUCAGGCGUGUUUCUGCUGAACAUCUCAAGAAAGAAGAACAAGUAUGAAGCAGCCCAGUUAUUCUCUCAACAGGACGAUCUCAGUGACAUACCUUUAGAAGGUGGCGUUGGAGCCUUCCAGGCAAGACGCUCUUUGAACUUGCAAAGAACCGGCGCAUCUGAUCAUGAAGAGAGUGUAGGGUUGAGAAGAUUCGACAACGUAUACGACGACGACGAUGAUGAUGAGAGAUUCAGAGUCUAGACAUUUACACUUUUAUAGAUCUAAUAGGGAAAAGAACAGAAAAUGGCAUACAGAA